UCCUACUGCCCUUGAUGUCCUGGUCGCAGCUCCCUGGGAGGACGCGCUUCCCACCAGGGGCAUCCUGGCGGAUGGUGCCACUCUCAUCCAUAUACAUGUCCCCAAUUAAGGACUUCCCGCCGCUGCCGCUGCCGCCGGGAGAGGGGCCUGAGCUGUAGAGUGAAACUGAAAGGAGGGAGUCGCGCUCCUCGGGUCCUUCGGCAAGAAGGUGAGGCAGGCCCUGCGCAGAACGCCCGGGAAGCUUUGGGGAAAUGCAGGGCUUCUCUGGGGACCUAGUAGCCUGCUUGGGGGCGACUUCCUGGCGACCCAGCGGCUCCAGCCAGCGCACAGCCUAACCGUCCAGUGCCAACACCCCAGGGCCCGACGGCAGGGCACCAAGGAGGCGAAAGCUUGCCGGCUGCGCCAGGGCGGCCCCGCCAACUGGCCAGCGACCGAGGCGGGCGCCCGGGUCCAGCCGUCCCCCGUCCCCCAAACUGGCCGUGGUGGCCCAAACCUUCGAAGGGACCCCAGGGCAGGAGGGGGCGGUUUGGUCUUUCCGCGCCUAAGCCCGGGAGCGCACUGCAGCUGCCCCCCGGCUGUGCCCCACGCGGUGGGAUGCGCGUGGGACCGGACGGCGACGCUGACUCGGCGGUGGCCGCGUGGGCGGCGGGGAAGAUGGGGCCACCCGUCGCCCCGUGCUCCGGGGCCAAGAUCUGGUGUCUGGACCAUGUCUGUGAGCUGAGCACGCCCCCGCUGGGCUGGGUCUGCGGCCGGGAGCACAGGCGGCGGCGGUUAAUGAUUAAUCGCUGACCACCCCGCCUCCAGCCGUUCGGGAGAGGGUGCUCCAGGUGGGUGGGUUUGGCGCGCCGGGGCCAGGCAGCCGUGAGCGGAGCGCCGGGGACAGAGAAGGGAAGGGCCUGCGCGCUGGGGGCUGCGGGCUCACUGGCUGCAGCGAGAUUGGAACCUCCUUCCUCCGCGCUCUCCCCGCCUCGCCCAGAUACACACCCCCACCUCCCAAACCCCACCCUCGGACGCCUCCAGCCUCGGCUAGGUUGGGCUGCUCCGGGAAGUUUCCGUGAAAGCACCCGAAAGCCUGUUACCUUGCCCAGGUGAGCUCGAAAAAGCCCUGCACCCACGCUAGUGAGUCGCGGCCGAGAACUUUGGGCCGCGCGGGUAGGAAGAAAGGGAGUUCAGAAGGUCUUUGGACGCCGCGGCCUGGCUGGCUGCCUUCCUCAUGGCUUCGCCCAGCCGUCCUGGCAGUGACUGCUCCCAGGUCAUCGACCACAGCCACGUUCCCGGGUUCGAGGUGGCCUCCUGGAUCAAAAUCACCCUCAUUCUGGUGUACCUGGCCAUCUUCGUGGUGGGCGUCCUGGGGAAUAGCGUCACCAUUCGGGUCACCCAGGUGCUGCAGAAGAAGGGCUACCUGCAGAAGGAGGUGACGGAUCACAUGGUGAGCCUGGCUUGCUCCGACAUCCUGGUCUUCCUCAUCGGCAUGCCCGUGGAGUUCUACAGCAUCAUCUGGAAUCCCCUGACCACGCCCAGCUACACCGUGCCCUGCAAGCUUCACACGUUCCUCUUCGAGGCCUGCAGCUACGCGACGCUGCUGCACGUCCUGACGCUCAGCUUCGAGCGCUACAUCGCCAUCUGCCACCCCUUCCGGUAUAAGGCCAUGUCGGGGCCCUGCCAGGUGAAACUGCUCAUCGGCUUCGUCUGGGUCACCUCCGCCCUGGUGGCGUUGCCUUUGCUUUUUGCCAUGGGAGUCGAGUACCCCUUGGCGAACGUGCCCAGUCACCGCGGUCUCACGUGCAACCGCUCCCGUACCCGCCACCACGAGCAACCAGAGAUUUCCAACAUGUCCAUCUGUACCAACCUCUCCAGCCGCUGGACCGUGUUCCAGGCCAGCAUCUUCGGUGCCUUCGUCAUCUACCUCGUGGUCCUGGCCUCCGUGGCCUUCAUGUGCUGGAGCAUGAUGCAGGCGCUCACGAGGAGUAAGCAGGGCACGCUGGCCGCCCAGGGGCAGCAGCUGCAGGUGAGGAAGUCGGAGAGCGAGGAGAACAGGAGCGCCCGGAGGCAGACCAUCAUCUUCCUGAGGCUGAUCGUUGUGACGUUGGCCGUCUGCUGGAUGCCCAACCAGGUUCGGAGGAUCAUGGCUGCGGCCAGACCCAAGCACGACUGGACCAAGUCCUACUUCGAGGCGUACAUGAUCCUUCUUCCCUUCUCGGACACCUUCUUUUACCUGAGCUCGGUCGUCAACCCGCUGUUGUACAACGUGUCCUCGCAGCAGUUCCGCAGCGUGUUCGGGCAGGUGCUGCGCUGCCGGCUGACGCUGCCACAUGCCAACCAGGAGAAGCGCCUGCGCGCCCAUGUGGCCUCCACCACGGAUGGUGCCCGCUCCGUGCGCCGCCCGCUCAUCCUCCUGGCUUCCCGGCCCAAUUCCUCUGCAAGGAGAACUAACAAGGUUUUCCUAAGCACUUUUCAGAGCGAGGCCAAGCCCGAACCUAAGCCUCAGCAGUUGAGUUGCGAGUCACCGGAUCCCAACUCGGAGGUGAAACCCGCCAACCCUGCCACCGAAAAUGGCUUCCAGGAGCAUGAAGUGUGACUGACUGUCUGUCAAGGAAGGAAGGGAAGCUGGAGCGCCCACGGGCCCUCCCCACACGAAAGCGACGGUUACCUGCAUGCAGCAGUGCCAAAACAAACUGUGCGCCCAUCAUCAGGGACGGGGUGGAAGACGGGCCUGGGAAGAAAGCAGAUGGCCGCUUACAAGUGUCACUUGAGGGCGAAUGCUGCCGCCAACCGGGCCUCAGCUCUGAGAGUUGGCCCAUCUGUAUCCAUUCCUCCUCCUUCCUUCCAUUAAGGACACGCUGAAAAUUCAGUCAAACUGAAUGCGUCCGGAGCUCACAAAGUUUUGUUUUUACACUGAGCUCUUCCAUUGUUUGCCAAGGAACUGAAAGAAAGAGAACACGGAUUCCCCUCGCCACCCAGCAUCAAAGGACACCCAGAAAAAUCUCAGGGGGCUGGGGGAAGGUGGGCCUGAAGAACGAUGCAGGAGGGGGCUGGGAUCUCCUUCAGCUUCAGCAGUGUGCCAAGAAAAGGCCUAAUUGGAGGAGCACGAGGGUGCCGGGGAGCCCCGGCCGAAGGGCUGGGGCAGAACUGCUCCUCUUCUUGGGCCGGGGCCCGUUGCAAAGAGGGGUGUUGCAGCAGCUGAUGCACACGGAAUUCACUUUCCCUGGGGAGCAGAAGGAUUGGUACCCAGCCGAGGCGAUGAGGCAGGCGGCCGACGACGCGCACGACUUGCGGUACAUGAUUCCUGCAACAGACCCAAAGGAGCCAGAUUUAGCAGCCUGCACUGGCCAGAAGACGGCAACCCUGAGCCCACAUCCCCACGGAGAGCACUUUUCUUCCUUCUCCUGCAGCCCAGAAACCUGGUGGGGCCAGGGCACUGCUCCAGGGUGUUUCGUUGAGCCCCCCCCCCCCCAAAAUACGGGACAGGUGCAGUGAAGGCGGCGGGCAUCAUUUCCCUUGCUUCUGAGUUGCCAGGACCAGUGAAUAAAGAGCUUUUAAAUCAA